AUGAAUUAUAUAUCAUUAUUGGCUUUACUUGGUCCGUCCAACAUAUUGGAAGAUUUCGAUCAAAGAAAUUUUCUUCAUCCAAGUUUUUUCCGUCAUUGUUUUUCACGUCCUCAAUUUACGACUAUACUUCAAACAUAUCAAAAUAAUGUUUUAGAAAUGGAUAUAUUUUUGCCAGAUUCUUCAAUUGAUCUUAUUUAUACUUAUCGAAAUCUCUUAUGUCCACGAAAAUCUUUUUAUGUUUAUUGUCAAACAGAAGCCACUCUCAGAGAAUACCAACGAAUGCCACUAUGGAAUAGAUAUGAUUUUGUUUUCAAUAUAAAUGUGCUUCAUCAGAAACUUGAACGAAGAGCACAACAUCAUCUUCUAUAUCGUACAGAAUAUUUGGAAAACCGUAAGGAAGAAGGAGAUGCAGAUGCUGCUGAUUUACUUAUUGCCAUGGGGGAAAUAUUAGAACAAAAUGCAACAAGAAUCAAUGAAGAAAUUCGACAAAAAUCUUGUCUGAGUUUACCAGCAGCUGAAUUUGAAGAAGGAUGA